AUGAGCUUAAACAAGAGCGGUUUGAGAACACUUAAUUGGGACUUUAAGGGUGGCUAUAAGCCAGCCACAUGGCGAUCUACCGUUUCUGCACCCUCAUGUGCCCUUUGUCACAAAUCGGUUUUUCCAGCCGAAGAAGUCAUCGGCGCUGGUCAAAAAUAUCACAAACUAUGUCUCAAGUGUUCCUCAUGUAGCACUCUGCUGAACUCAGGCAAUGUGAGUGAGCAUGACAAGAAGAUCUAUUGCGGUGGAUGUUAUCGUCGACAGUUCGGUCCACACGGAGUUGGUCGAGGUCUUGGAACAACACUAUCAAGUUUGGAAACACCACCAAGCAGUCCAAGCUUAAGUCGUAUGGGAAUCAAUUUAGAGUCAGGAGCGACGGACGUUGAUGGGCCUCGUCAUCAACGAAAAACAUCGACAGGAUCAUCGCCAUCUCGCACAUCGUCUGAUGAUGAUUCACGUCAUAGUAAUUCACAAAUGAACAGUGUCACAUACAUCGGUGGAGUAACGACAAGACAAGCACCUUUAACUGUCCAACGUCCAUCAUCAGUCAAUUUAACCACUGGAUCAUCAUUCCGAAUGAAGUCAGGAACUGGGCAUCUGUGUCCACGGUGCUCAAAGCCUGUCUAUUCAGCAGAAGAAGUCAAAGCUGCUGGAAAAUCUUUUCACAAACGAUGCUACACUUGUGCUCAGUGUAAAAAGAGUAUCAAUGCUGCUCGAUAUUCAGAACACGAAGGAGAACUCUAUGACAACAAUUGUUAUCAACGAUUAUUUGGUCCGAAAGGUAUGGGAUACGGUGUAGGAUCUGGAACAUUAUCAACUGCAAUUUAA